GUCGUAAAUGGGAGAAAUAGAAAGCAUUCUUCAGCGUGCUGGGUGCUGAAGCUCGUCGUACUACUGCAAGUUGUGCUGAGCAGCUGAAUGUCUUCAACACAAAGAUAACUGUCCUGUAUGGCAGUUUAGAUGCAGUAUGUCAGAGGAGCGAGGAAAUAACUCUCCAUCUGAGAUGAGUGUCUCAGAGGAACAGAGGGGAAGAUCAGGCUCUGAGGUUUCCAGCUCUGAGUCUGUAAAGAGUGAUCAGUCGAAAGGUGAUGUGCCACUUUUCAAUGAGGAAACACCUACCAAAAGUGAAAAAUUGGGCCUACAUGUGUCCUUCAGUGAUAAAACACCAUCACAAGCUAAAAGUGAAAGAUCAGGUUCACCUGUAUUCAGCUCUGUGUCUAUGAAGAGUGACCAUUCAAAAGGGGAUGGACCAAACUUCAGUGAGAAAACACCAUCAUCUUCCAAAAGCGAAAAAUCUGGCUCUGAUGUGGUCAGCUCUGUGUCUGUGAAGAGUGACCAUUCAAAAGGUGAUGGACCAAACUUCUGUGAGAAGAAAACAUCUAUCAAAAGAUCAGGCUCACGUGUAUCAUUUAGUGAGGAAACACGAUCACGACCCAGAAGUGUAAGAUCAGGCUCACAUGUAUCCAGCUCUGUGUCUGUAAAGAGUGACCAUUCAAAAGGAGAUGGACCAAACUUCCGUGAGGAAACACCAUGUAACAAAAGUGUAAGAUCAGGCUCACAUGUGUCCAGCUCUGUGUCUGUGAAGAGUGACCAUUCGAAAGGUGACGGACCAAACUUUAGUGAGAAAAAAACAUCACCUUCAAAAAGUGUAAGAUCAGGCUCACAUGUGUCCAGCUCUGUGUCUUUGAAGAGUGACCAUUCAAAGGGUGAUGGACCAAACUUCAGUGAAAAAACACCAUGUAACAAGAGUGAAAGAUCUGACUCGCAUGUAUCCAGCUAUGUGUCUAUGAAGAGUGACCAUUCAAAGGGAGAUGGACCAAACUUCAAUGAGAAAACACCAACACCUUACAAAAUUAACAAAGGACAGAAGACCACAGUAAAUAUUGGUGAAGAAAUUAAACGUUGGGAAGCUCUUAAAGAACAGAAGGGAUUGAAGAGUGAUGUAGAACUGGCAUCUUUUCUUCUCAAUAGGGUUCAGUUUGAGAAAUCAGACUCAAACUACAAGAAUUACCGCAACCGCAAGAAUUUCAGAGAAAAUCUCCUCUGGAUCUUCAAGGAUCUUGAGAACAAAAUAAUUGUGUUUCUUAAAAAUGAGCUAGAAAAGUUUAAGAAAAUAUUAAAAAGAGAGAACACACAGUACUUUGUGCAGGACUUUAUAGAGGAGAUGCGUGAUAUCAAAGAAGCAGCUCUUGAUAUGACACUCUUCUUCAUGAGAGAUAUGAAGCAAGCUGAGGCUGCAGAUGCUCUACAAGAUGAGCUAGUCCUCAUUCAUCAGCGACCACUAAAAUCAAACCUGAAGAAGAAGCACCAAUCUGUAUCUGAAGGAAUUGCAAAGCAGGGUGACUCCAAGCUGCUGAAGAACAUCUACACUGAUCUCUAUAUGACUCUGGGUGUUAGUAAACAUGUCAAUACCCAACAUGAAGUAAGACAAGUUCAGGCUGCUGACAGGCGACAUGAAUCAGAAGAGAUUCCAGUUGAAUGCAAAAAUUUGUUUGAAGCACCUGAACAAGACAAGGAGAUCAGAACUGUACUGACAAAAGGAGUUGCUGGCAUCGGAAAAUCCAUCUCUGUGCAAAAGUUUAUUGUGGAUUGGGCUGACGGAAAUGAAAAUAAGGAUAUUACUUUCAUAUUUCCUCUUGCAUUUCGAGAGAUGAACUUAAAGGAGAAUGAAAAACAAAGCUUGACAAAUCUUAUAAGUCAGUUUUUUCCAGAGAUAAAAGGACUCAACCUCGCAAGAAAUGAUAAAUUUAAAUUCCUGUUCAUCCUUGAUGGUUUGGACGAAUGUCGUCUUCCUCUGAACUUUGAGGAUAAUGAGACUUGCCGUGAUGUAUCAUCACAAGUCUCUCUGGAUGUUCUCCUGACGAACCUCAUUAAGGGAAAUCUGCUUCCUUCUGCUCUCAUCUGGAUCACCACCAGACCAGCAGCUGCCAUUAAAAUUCCUCCUGAAUGUAUUGACCGCGUGACAGAAGUACAAGGAUUCAAUGAUGCACAAAAGAAGGAGGAGUACUUCAGAAAAAGAUUCACAGAUGUCGAUUUGGCCAACAAAAUUAUUGAUAAUGUUAAACAAUCAAAGAGUCUUUUUAUCAUGUGCUACAUUCCAGUCUUCUGCUGGAUUUCAGCCACUGUUCUCCAGAACAUUUUAGAGGAGAAAAGAAAAAAUGAUCUGAAAAACAAUAAGGCUGAUGAUGCCUCCAAAACACUGCGGGAAUCAAAUACUGAAGACACUCCCAAGACUCUGACACAAAUGUACACACACUUUCUCCGCUUUCAGAUCCUGCAGAGCCUUCGAAAGUAUGAUGGAAAAUACAGACCAGAUGUUUCCUGGGAUAAAAACGCCAUGCUUUCCCUGGGGAAACUGGCAUUCCAUCAGUUGCAAAGAAACAAUCUGCUCUUUUAUGACACAGACCUGGAAGCCUGUGGUAUUGAUGCCUCCCAAGCAUCAGUGUAUUCAGGCAUGUGUACCCAGAUGUUUAAGGAGGAAAAAGGGAUCAUUCUUGGUACCACAUUCUGCUUUGUUCACUUGAGCAUUCAAGAGUUUAUUGCAGCCCUUUAUGCACAUCUGUUUCUAGACAUCAACAAGAAAAGUGUGUUUGCUCAUGAGUCUACAGAACAGGAAAACAAAAAUGAAACCAUGACUGAUUUGCUCAAGACUGCAGUGGACAAGGCACUCGAGAGUGAAACUGGACACCUGGACCUUUUCCUUCGCUUCCUUCUUGGUCUGUCACUCCAGACUAAUCGUCCACUCUUACGAGGUCUGUUAACACAGCAAGAAGGCAAUGACCAGAACUACAAAGAGAUAGUUCAGUACAUCAAGCAGAAAUUAGAAGCUAAUCUGUCUCCAGAGAGAUCCAUCAAUCUGUUCUACUGUCUGAAUGAACUGAAUGAUCAAACUCUGGUGAAAGAGAUUCAGACUCAGCUUAGAGAAGGAAGUCUCUCAUCCGCUGAACUUUCACCUGGCCAGUGGUCUGCUGUGGCCUUUGUUUUGUUGACAUCAGAGGAAGAGAUGGAGGAGUUUGAGCUUCAGAAAUUCAAGAAAUCAGAUGAGUGUUUCUUUAGGCUAUUGGAAGUUGUGAAAAUCUCCAAAAGAGCUCUGCUAAAUGAUUGUGACUUAACAGACGAGAGCUGUUCAAAUUUAGCUAAAGCUCUUGGAUCAGAAAACAAUCUGAUAGAGCUGAAUAUGAGCAAAAAUACUCUACAGGAUUCAGGAGUGGAGCAGCUCUACACUGGACUGGAGAACAUUACGUGUAAAUUGGAGAUACUGAAGCUCAGUGAGUGUGAUCUAACAGGGAAAAGCUGUUCAGCUCUGGCUUCAGUUCUCAGUUCAGACUCCAGCAGUCUGAAGGAUCUUGAUCUGAGCAAUAAUAAUCUGCAGGAUUCAGGAGUGAAGCUGCUCUCUGAUGGACUGAAAGAGAACUGUAAACUGGAGAUACUCAGGCUUUCAGACUGCAGUAUCACUGAAGAAGGUUAUAAAGCUCUGGCUUCAGCUCUGAGAUCAAACCCUUCACACCUGAUAGAGCUGGAUCUCACAGGAAAUGAUCCUGGACAAUCAGGAGUGAGGCAGCUCAUUGAUUUACAACAUGAUCCAAAUUGCCAAUUAAAGACACUGUUGAGAUUUUUGGGUCCUGCUGCAGAUGAAGCAUGUCAGUAUGUGGCUGGAGUUGUAGAUGAAAACCCAUUACUUCUGAGAGAGCUGAAUCUGAGUGAACAUAAACUAGACAUGAAGCUGCUCGCUCCUCUACUGAAGGAUAAACACUGUAAAUUGAACAUACUGGUUCUGAAUAACAGCUCUAUCAAGGAUGAAGAUUGUCGUGUUCUGGCUGAAGCUUUAAAUUCAAACCCUUCAAAUUUAAAAGAACUGGAUUUGACUGGGACUAAACUCAGAGACUCAGGAAUGAAGAUCUUCUCAACUCUGUUUAAGAAUGAACAGUGUAGACUGGAAAAGCUUAAGUCUAAUUGUAUUUGUAUUACAAAAGAAGGUUGUGCUGCUUUGGCUACAGCGUUUAAUUCAAAUCCCUCAAAUCUGAAAGAGCUGGAUCUGAGUGAGACUCCACUAGGAGACUCUGGAGUAACAGAAAUCUCCAAACUACUGGGAAAUUCACAAUGCACACUGAACAUACUUAGAAUGUCAGAAUGCAAUAUUACAGAAGAAGGUUAUAAAGCUCUGGCUUCAGCUCUGAGAUCAAACCCUUCACACCUGAUAGAGCUGGAUCUCACAGGAAAUGAUCCUGGACAAUCAGGAGUGGAGCAGCUGCUUGAUCUUAUAAAAGAACCAGAUUGUAAACUAAAUCUGAGGUUUUUGGGUCCUGCUGCAGAUGAAGCCUGUCGUUAUGUGACUGGAAUUGUGGGUAAAAACCCGUUACUCCUGAGAGAGCUGAAUCUGAGUGGACGUGAACUAGGAGACACACGAGUGAAUCAGAUCACUGCUCUACUGCAGGAUAAACACUGUAAACUCAACACACUGACGCUGAAUAAUAACAGAAUUACAGCAGAAGGUUGUGCUGCACUGACUUUAUCAUUGAAUUCAAAUCCUUCAAACCUGAUAGAGCUGGAUCUGAGUGGAAAUAAACUAGGAAACUCAGGAAUUAAGGAGAUCUCUCCUUUGCUGAAAAAUACACAAUGCAGAUUGGAGAAACUGAAACUUUCAGACUGCAGUAUCACUGAAGAAGGUUAUAAAGCUCUGGCUUCAGCUCUGAGAUCAAACCCUUCACACCUGAUAGAGCUGGAUCUCACAGGAAAUGAUCCUGGACCAUCAGGAGUGAAGGGGCUCACCGAUUUAUUGCUGAGUAGACACUAUAAAUUACAGACUAUUAGAUUUUUGAAAAGUUCUACUGCAGAGGAAGCAUGUGAUCAUCUCACUAAAGCUCUGGGUACAAGUCCAUUAUUACUAAAAGAACUGGAUCUAAAUGAAGAUAAAUUAGGAGACCUGGAUGGGAUGAAGCUCUCUGCUCUUUUGAUGGACUCUCAUAGCAAAGUGGAGAAAAUCAAAUUUAGGCUGAAUAAUUGUGAGCUGACAGAGAAAAGCUGUUCAGUCCUAGCUACUGUUCUCUCCUCCAAAACCAUCCUGAAAGAGAUGAACCUGAACAACAGCCGUCUGCUGAACUCAGGAGUCAAAGAGAUCUGUGAGGGACUGAAGAAUCCUGUGUGUGAGCUGAAGAUACUCAAGCUCAGUAAAUGUGAUCUAACAGAGGAAAGCUGUUCAGCUCUGGCUUCAGUUCUCAGUUCAGACUCCAGCAGUCUGAAGAAUCUUGAUCUGAGCAACAUUAAUCUGCAGGAUUCAGGAGUGAAGCUCCUCUCUGAUGGACUGAAAGAGAACUGUAAACUAGAGAAACUCAGACUUUCAGACUGCAGUAUCACUGAAGAAGGUUAUAAAGCUCUGGCUUCAGCUCUGAGAUCAAACCCUUCACACCUGAUAGAGCUGGAUCUCACAGGAAAUGAUCCUGGACCAUCAGGAGUGAAGGAGCUCAUUGAAUUACAACAUGAUCCAAACUGUCAACUAAAGACACUGUUGAGGUUUUUGAGUCCUGAAGCAGAGGAAGCCUGUCAGUAUGUGACUGGAAUUGUGGGCAAAAAUCCAUUACUCCUGAGAGAGCUGAAUCUGAGUGAAUGUAAAUACUUAAAGAAUGUGAAGCAGCUUGCUGCUCUACUGAAAGAUAAACAUUGUAGACUGAGCAUAAUUCAGCUGAAUAAUAACAGUAUUACAGCAGAAGGUUGUGCUGAUCUGACUUCAGCAUUUAAAUUAAACCCUUCAAACCUGAUAGAGCUGGAUCUGAGUGGAAAUAAUCUUGGAGAAACUGGAGUCAAUAAUUUAUGUUGUCUGUUGCAAAAUCCACAGUGCAGAUUAGAGAAACUGAAACUUUCAGACUGCAGUAUCACUGAGGAAAGUUAUAAAACUUUGACUUCAGCUCUGGCAUCAAACUCACACCUGAUAGAGCUGGACCUCAGAGGAAAUGAUCCUGGACAAUCAGGAGUGAAGCUGAUCAUGGAUUUCCUGCAGAGUGGAUGGUCUAAAUUAAAAAACAUUAGCUUUUUAAGAAAUUCUGCUGCAGAGGAGGCAUGUAAAUAUCUCACCGAAGCUCUUGGUGAAAAUCCAUUACUAAUGCAAGAAAUGGAUCUGAGCAGAAUUAAAUUAGGAGACCUGGACUGGGAGAAAAUAUCUGCUCUUUUGGUGGACUCUCAUUGCAAAGUGAAGAAAAUAAAGCUGAAUGAUAUUAAAUUGAACAAGAAAAGCUGCUUAGUUCUAGCUACUGUCCUCUCCAAAAACAACACCCUGAAAGAGAUGGACCUGAGCAAAAGCCAUCUGCUGGACUCAGGAGUCAAAGAGAUCUGUGAGGGACUAAAGAAACCUGUGUGUAAACUGAAGAUACUGAGACUUUCAGAUUGCAGUAUCACUGAAGAAGGUUAUAAAGCUCUGGCUUCAGCUCUGAGAUCAAACCCCUCACACCUGAUAGAGCUGGAUCUCACAGGAAAUGAUCCUGGUGAAUCAGGAGUGGAGCAGCUCAUUAAAGUGCAACAGAAUCAAUCAUGUAAACUGGAAACACUGAGGUUUUUACAAAGUCCUGCAGAUGAAGCCUGUCAAUAUGUGACUGGAAUUGUGCGUAAAAACCCAUUACUCCUGAGAGAGUUGAAUCUGAGUGGGCAAAAUCUAAACCUAAAAAAAUUUAAUCUGCUCACAGCUUUGCUGAAGGAUAAACACUGUAACAUCAACCGACUUCAGCUGUGUGAUUGUGGUCUAACAGAGGAAAGCUGUUCAGCUCUCGCUACAGUCCUGAGAUCAAACUCCAGUCUGAAAGAGCUUGACAUGAGCAACAAUAAUCUGCAGGAUUCAGGAGUGAAGAAACUCCAAAUGGGAUUAGAGAAUGCAAAAUGCACACUGGAGAAACUGAGACUUUCUAAGUGUGGGAUCACUGAAGCAGGAUAUACGGCUCUGGCUUCAGCUCUGAGAUCAAACCCUUCACACUUGAUAGAGCUGGAUCUCACAGGAAAUGAUCCUGGACAAUCAGGAGUGAAAGAGCUCAAUAAUUUACUACAGGAUAAACACUAUAAACUGAAGACUCUGAGGUUUUUGAGUUCUGCUGCAGAUGAAGCCUGUCAGUAUGCAAUGAAAGUUCAGGGUAAAAACCCGUUACUCCUGAGAGAGCUGAAUCUGAGUGAAAAUAAACUAGGAGAUACACGAGUGAAUCAGAUCACUGCUCUACUGCAGGAUAAACACUGCAAAUUGAACAUAAUUCAUCUGUGUAAAUGCAGUAUUACAGAGAAACAGUGUCUCAUCCUGACUUCAGCUCUGAAGUCAAACUCAUCACAUCUGAAAGAGCUGAACCUGAGUGGAAAUAAACUGGGAGAUGGUGGAGUGGAAAACCUUGGUGUUCUGCUAAGCAAUUCACAAUGCAAGCUGGAAAAACUGAAUCUGUGUGGAUGCAGUAUUACAGAGAAUCAGUGUGCCAUCAUGAUGUCAGCUCUAUUUUCAAACUUUUCACACCUGAGAGAGCUGGACCUCAGUGACAAUAAAAUAAAGAACACAGGAGUGAAGAUCUUAUGUGACGUACUGAAGGAUUCACACUGUAAACUGGAGAGACUGAGGUUAAGUCAGUGUGAAAUAACAGAUGAAGGUUGUUCUGAUGUGACUUCAGCUCUGAAAUCAAACCCAUCACACCUGAGAGAGCUGAACCUGAGUGAGAAUACACUAGGAGACUCUGGAGUGAAAAACCUCAGUGAUCUACUGAUGAACCCACAAUGCAAGCUGAAAAACCUAGAUCUGUGUAACUGCAGUAUUACAGAGAAACAGUGUCUCAUGCUGACUUCAGCUCUGAAAUCAAACCCAUCACACCUGAGAGAACUGGACCUCAGUGAGAAUAAAGUAAAAGACAAGGGAGUGAAGCACUUAUGUGACGUACUAAAAGACUCACGUUGUAAACUGGAGAAACUGAGUCUAAAAGACUGUGGCAUUACAGAUGUUGCUUGUUUGGCUCAGUCUUUGGCUGAAACCAAUGCACAGCGGUUUUUAAAAGAACUUGAUUUGAGAAAAAACAAGAUUGGAGACUCAGUGAAGCAGCUCGGUGAUGUGAUACAAGACUCAAAUUGUAACCUGAGCCUAGACAAAGAAAACUGGGUCAAAGCUGGUCUAAACUACCUUGGUGGAUUAUUUCGACCUUGGUCUAAAACUCAGGAACCUGUGAAAUCAACAGAACCAGACCCAUCAUCAGGUGGAAUGGAGGAGGUAAAAGGGCCUGGUCAGAGCUCACAUGGGUCCCAUCAGAAGAAAUCUGGCUCUUCAGUAUAAAUCCUACAUACAAACUGUUGGGUUUAAACGAAUCCAUAAUGAAGUAAUUAAUAUGUUGCUAAUCUGACACAUAUAUUAAACAAUACAAUAACAGUGUAAGUCUAAAAUGGUAUAGUUAAAUUAUUGUUUCUUUUUUUUUUUUUUUUUUUUUUGUAUUCUUUUUACCAUAAUUUAAGUUUAUAUAUGCAUUUUACAUUGUUUCCUACAUUUUCUGUAUAUAUUUAUUUGAAUUUGUAUUAAAGUCAGUUAUGUCUCCGCACAAA